AAGUUCGACAAAAAGAUGGGGGCCAUAGAAAACUAAAACCCUGAAAACCCCCAAAUCUUCUUCCUCCUCCUCCAACCUGUGUGCAAUGGAGCUAACAAGACUACUAUAAUUACCAAUCACAUAACCCCUUUUAUUUCAGUCACAAAAUUUAUCUCUCUUUCUAUAUAGCUUCUGCUUCAAAAUGUUUGCUCUGAGGAAUCUUCACAAGAAUUCCAUCAAAACCCUUACUUCUUUCAUCCUCCACUCUCCUUCCAAGAAUGUAAUUAUACACAAUGAUCUUUCUCCAAAAACUAUACUGAACAAUGCAAUUGGGACUGAUGUUUCUGUUUCUUCACAUUAUUUAUUGAAUUGCUUUGAUGGGUGUCGGGCAAUGGCCACAUCCAGAGGAAAAAGCAUGAGAAGUAAGGUGGAGACUCGAAUGCGAAAAGAAUCUGGUAAAACCCUUAGGGAAAUUAGGCGGAGCAAGAAACUUAGGAAGAAGAUGAUGACUGACGAGGAGCGCCUUAUAUACAAUCUCAGAAGAGCCAAGAAAAAGGUGGCAUUGCUUCUCCAGAAGCUGAAAAAAUAUGAGCUACCAGAGCUACCUCCUCCACGGCAUGAUCCAGAGCUUUUGACUCCUGAGCAGCUCCAGGCAUACAGAAAAAUUGGCUUUAGGAACAAAAAUUAUGUUCCUGUUGGUGUCCGUGGAGUAUUUGGAGGGGUUGUCCAAAACAUGCACCUCCACUGGAAAUUUCAUGAAACUGUACAGGUUUGCUGUGAUAAUUUCCCUAAGGAAAAAAUCAAAGAGAUGGCGACUAUGCUUGCUAGAUUGAGCGGUGGAAUUGUGAUAAAUGUACAUAAUGUAAAAACGAUCAUUAUGUUUCGUGGCAGAAAUUAUCGACAGCCGAAGAAUUUGAUACCUAUCAACACCCUUACAAAGAGGAAGGCAUUAUUCAAAGCCAGAUUUGAACAAGCACUUGAUUCUCAAAAACUAAACAUGAAGAAGUUAGAGCAGCAGCUACGAAGGAUGGGUGUUAAUCCUGAUGAUCCAGUUGCCAUGGCCAGCAUUCAGAGAGUAGCCUCAACUUUUUUCAAUGCAAUUGACAAAAAAGAAGGAAGUCCAUAUGUCUUUCGUGGGGACAAACUGAGAGCAGCAGAGACUACCAGCAAAAUUAAACAAGCAGAACCUGAAGACGAUAGUGAUCAGGAGGAGCUUGACAAAUUUAUUGCCGAGAUAGAAGAUGCAGCUGAUAGGGAAUGGGAGGCUGAGGAAGCAGCAGAACAAGAAGAAGCAAGCAAACUUAGGUAUUGGAAUAAAGGAGAUCUGGACGGGAGGAGUUAUAGAUCUGAAUUGGUGAAAGGUGGCUACGAUGAUGAUGAGAGUAAACACGGGGCAAGGAGUUGGAAGGAUAAAAAUACCAACAGGCAGAGGAUCAACCAUUCUGAGGAUGACGAGGAUGAUGAUUCUGAUGAUGGCGAUGAUGAAGAAUGGAAUGCGAGUUAUGCUAGAGCCAUCAAUAAACGUGAAAGCGAUGCUGACGAUAAUCAUAAAUUUCGUGAAAAAUUUACCUCACCUAAAGUGGAUAGCUGGAAAGCAGCUAAGUCUGGCAAACACAACAAUGUUGAUGGAUUUAAGAUGGAAGUUGAAGAUAAAUUCAGGGGGAAGCUAGCGGAAAAUGUGUCAGAAUCAGAUGAAAUGUUAACCGACUUGGAUGAUGCCAUGUGGGAAUCUGAUGAUAACAGGGAAACAGUUGAAAGCGCAAAAUCAAGAACAGCAAGUUAUAAGGACAUGAGCAGCAGCGAAGAAGAAAAUUCAGGCUACACAAAUGAUGCAAAAAACAAGGUGAAUGGGAUGAAAAAUCAACAGAACGUCCAUGGUCAAAAGCGAUCUGAGGAUUUAAUUAGUGAUUCCGAAAUUCUUAUGUGGGAAUCAGAUAAUGAGGAAGAACCUGGCUGUACAAUGCCAGGAAAAUUAACUCAUGGCGAUAGAAAUAAGAAUAGUGGAGCAGGAAGUAAGAUGAAAACUCCUAAAGAAGCUGAUGAAACUUGGGACAGCGAUUAAGUCUAGGCAUUGCAAUUUCACAAUCCAAUUCUUAGCACUUGAGAUCCUUGUUUGAAGAUGCACCAUAUGCAUUUGUGAUAUUUCCUGAACAUCUGUCCAAUUUAUUACUUUUUUCAGAUAACAGUAAUAAACAUAUUUUCUGUUUUGUUGACA